UAUAGCGCUGCCCUCCAAUGGGUCGCUUCCCAUUCCGGCGGUUGUGGGGCGGAGGAUUGGCUGAAAGAUAACGUUGACUUUGACAAAGUGUUCUUGGCAGGGGAUAGUGCUGGGGCAAAUAUUUCACACCAUAUUGCGAUCCGGGUCGGGUCAGACCCAAUCCAAGGCUUGAAGUUUCAUGGUAUUUUAAUGAUCCACCCGUAUUUUUGGGGGGAGGUGUCGAUUGGAUCCGAGGUCACGGAUCCGGUAAGGAAAGCUAUGGUGGAUUGUUGGUGGGGGUUUGUUUGCCCGUCGGAUAAAGGAAAUGAUGACCCGCUUAUUAACCCGUUUGUGGAUGGAUCCCCGAGUCUUUCCGGGUUGUGUUGUGACCGGGUUAUUGUUUGUGUUGCUGGAAAGGACAUAUUGAGAGAUAGAGGGAAGCUGUACUAUGAGUCAUUGGUGAAAAGUGAGUGGCAAGGGAAGGUGGAGUAUGUGGAGAUAGAGGGUGAAGAUCAUGUUUUUCACAUCUUCAAUCCAUGGUGCGAGAAGGCUCUCAAGAUGAUCAACAGUUUGGCAUCUUUCAUAAAUCAAGAGUGAUAUAGCUGUACUAGGUGCGCAAAAUGAAUUUUAUAGAAUAAAGCACAGAUGUAAUUCAAAAUAUUUAUAUCUACAAA